AUGAUCUCGAUCGCCAUCUAUAAAUACGUUAGUCUCGCCCACGACACGACAUGUCUUGCAGUGUCGUUGUUACCGUUGUUAGCUUCGCAGUUUUUGAUAUCCGCCCUGGAUUGGACAGCAGUGGCUGCAUAUGCGGAAGAACCACGUUUUUCGAAAACGAGAUGGCAUCUUUACCUCGUCGCACCGAGAAGUUCAAUGCAGAAGAAUCUGGAGGCUUUCAAUCCAGUUUGUGGCGACAAACAACUCUACGAAAUGAAUGUCCCAACUUUACAAAUGAUGAAUGAAACCUGCUUCUCAACUACCUUCAUAGGCAGGGUGCAACAUGCGCGCAAGCCUUCGUUCUGGCCCUUCGACCACCUCAUUAUCUUUGGGGUGCCUCUGUUGGACACACACAGCAAGAAUACGAGAAUCCGUCAGCAGCUUUGGAUGCCCUUGAAACAGUUAAGCGGUUCCCAUUCGGAGGACGGAGACACCAUGAAUGAUGGCAACGAAUUGAUCUCGUCUCGCAAUUGCAAAGACUCUGGUAGCGCCAAUGGAUCAACACCCUUCCUCCCACGUAGGCAAACGCGGCAACAUCGAAGAAACCCAGAGCUACGAGGUAAACUAGGGGCGAUUGAGAUCGAGAUGCUGGAUAAACGGUCUUUCUCUGACACGAAAAAGCCGAUCUGUCUAAGAGAGAAAAGGAGAAUUGACAAACCAAACGAGGUGGCGAAAUGA